GCUCAAAUUAUCAGGGCAAUAUCUGCUACAGAAGGUUCAAAAGUUAAUCAAGCUGAGUAACUUACUUUUAAAAUAAUCUGUGACGUCGCUAUUAAUGCGUCCAUAAAAUGAGUUGUUGCCAGUCGGAGUAGAGGAGAUGAGAUUUAUGCGUGGUGUUGGAGAGAUUGCGGCGACUCCCGCUAAACGAUUAAAAUCGACGUUAGAUGUAGCUCUUUGAAGGACAGUCGAUAUUUUAGUCACGACAAAAAUUGAUGUCUCCACACAAGUGAUUGUGCAAACAGGAUUUUGAAAGAAUUACUCGUAGUCAUGAAAUGGAUGCUAGUAAUAAACACAAUAACGAUCAAAUUCAGUAUCACGGUUUACUAGAAACGUAAUACGCUGGUAGCGGCUUAUGACAUUUUUAUUUGCAAUCCAUUUUCUUUCGCAGAUUUGAUACUCGAUUCAUUGCCACAUCGAUCGAAAAUACGGUAUCUAUUUGUCCGCCUCCAUGGUGUGACUUUUAAAAUAUUAUAUUUCCUUAGAAACCCAUACAAAGACGUGGUUAUUCAACAGAUAGCAUUUGUAAAUUGGGUCUCUGCUCGAGGAUAAAGGAUCAAUGAAUGUACCUCUUCAUCAAGCACGGGUUGUGGACAUUAACAGACUAACAGCAAAUGAGGAAAAUUUGUAAGCCCGAAUCUGAGAGAAUAUACCCCAAUAGCCUGUCUACGCCUCCCGGUUGGAAAUAAACCAUAGUUUGAUUCUACGGAUUAUGAGCUAUCUUUAUUUUAGAAACAACAUUUAAACAAGUAAUUGUUAAGUUACGAUUUAUCCCAUAUAAUAUCAGAAGAGUUUGCAGCAAUGGAUAGUCUCAAAUUUGAGACCCAAAACGUGACAAAUGCCACCCCCGAGUCACCGCCGUUACACGAAACGAACAGUCCCGCGGCGAUAUCGGAAGCUGCUACCCUCGUCGUCAUCAUGAUCGCAUCGUUCUUCGCAAACAUCUUGGCCAUGACGCAGAUCUUGACGUCGAAGAAACUGAGGAAGAACCAUCACAACCUCCUGAUCGCCAACCUCAACGUCAUUGAUCUCGGAAUCACUCUCUUCAGCAUGACGUUUUCCGUAGCAGCCAUUUUCGAUGAUGGGUACCUUUUGAGGAAUCACCCGACUAUCUGCACGAUCAAUGGGUUCUGUGCCAUCACGUGCAGCGUUGGCAAUUUCACCAACGUCAUGUGCAUCGCCGUUGAUCGUUACAUCUCCAUUGUCUGGUCGACCCGUUUUCCACCAACUCGAAAUCGAGUGUACUGCAUGAUUGCUUUCGUUUGGGUAGUCAGUGUCACAAUCACCUUGCCACCGACGUUUGAGUUCCUCUCUGCAUUCGAAUACUCAGAGAAUACCCACCAUUGCUCUCCGAGUUGGGACGUGCAUAGCUACUUCUAUAUCUGGUUCACAGUUAUUUUCGGUGUAACAGUGCCGGUGAUGAUCAUCUGCUACGCAUGCAUCAUCUACCACAUCCGAAAAAGCGAUCGGAAGCUCCGCGUUUACGACGGUAUGAAAACCAGCGGGAAAAUAUCCAAGCAACUAUCGGGGUCCAGAUGCAGCGGAAGCCCGCAGGGUUCACCAAAUCUUAGACCGAAUGCAGGAUGCCCCACACAUCACAAUCAAGUGCUUCAGCCGAAUGUAAACGCCAAGCAUCCAAACCUAGGGAAGCACAACAGUGACGGUAUCUCUGAAGCACGUGUGAACCGAGGAUUUCACGGCGACGGUCUCCAUCUUCAUGAUAUUAUCUUAAACGAGUAUGAGCCCAGAAUUGUGGGACCAGGACCCUUUGUAAUUUCUGGACAGAGGAGCAGUCCAUCACCGACACAGUCCUUACCGAUCUUGCCCAUAGGUGACUCAGGAACCCGGGUUUUCAGCAGUGCCAAUGGUCAACAUGGGACUGGUUCAGCUCAAAUCAAAUCGAAGACAGAAGAACUUGAUCAGCGUACGAGGAGUCACGCGGACUCGGACCAAAGUGUGAAUCAUGACAAUAUCCUUAAUAAGAUGUCAGCAAGGAAACUGAGCGUAGAAAAACGGGUGGCACUGACAGGUGCCAUGCUGAUACUCACCACGAUAUUCUGUUGGGCACCGUACUGCAUCAUACACUUCCCACAUUUCCCAACCGCUGGUCAUUCCUGGGCGGCCGUUACCAUGUGGAUGGCAUACGCGAAUUCCCUUUUGGAUCCGCUUGUUUAUGUCUUCAUCAAUAGGAAAGAGAGCACUGUACAACACCUGAUGACCAUCCUAAGAACCUGCUGCAAUGUCCCAAGAAAGGCGUGCAGCCGUCUUUGUUGUCGGGACACUGACAGGUGACUUUAUUUCUUUGACAAAAACUCACCAUGUGGAUAGUACCCGCCAAGUCCUUGCUACAUAAGGCAAAGUCUUUGCUUUAUCAAUAAGACGAAAUGUAUAAGUUACAGGCAAUAGCUGGCAAAAUGAAAGGUAUAGACGCGGCGAUCUUGGGUCGAUUAAAUGGAACGAUCAGAAAAAUGGAAGAAACACCAUUCUGUGGAGCAUGGGAUUGCAUAUGGUGACACUUACAAUGUAUUUUAAAAAGACCGUCGACAGGUUGGCCUAAUCUUCACGAUAGACCUCAUAUCCUACAAGCCAAGUAAUCUGUAUUGAUCGAGACGCAUUGUUUCAAGAUCCUUUAUUUAAAAUCUAACAGUUGAAGAUUCAAUUGGAUUUUUUUUAAUAAUACUGACUUCUACUCGUAAAUGAGUCCUGUUUUGAUCGAGUUCGAUGUCAUCCGCCAAGAGGUUUGCAGUACUUUCUCGACAAAGCGUUACGUUCCAUACGGAGUGGAACAUCUUAUGAACAUCCUUGUCAGGACAAAAUUACUGGAGUCAGAAGACAGGAUAACAUUGAAUGUGAAAAUUUUAGAAAGAGCCACAUUCUCUUAACUUUACAUUAGAGAUACUUAUAAUAAGCAAUAAUUGAAAUUUCGACGUUUUUCUAGUAUAAACCAAUACUUAGGACCCUAUAUACCUCCCAGUUGAAUGCGACUGAAGAUACACUACGUCAUGUGAUUCUUUGGCACAUUUUUCUCCAUUAAAUGUUUUAGGUUUUCAUGUUUGAUGAAAGCAUCUUUUCAAAACAAGAGAUAAAAUAAAUUCAUGUUUACAAACUUGAUGAAUAUACGUUCAAGAUUGCAACAUCUUGAAAUGUAAAAUGUAUCUCAAAAUUAAAAAAUAGCAUUAACCUUUUUCACAAUAAAAAAUGGAUAUUAAAAAAUGUAACUAUUGCCAUCCUUUCGUACGUUUUAAAUGUUACAUGAUACCAAUCUUUUAGACAGGCUUUAAAGAUGAAAAAAUUUGCUUCAUGAGAAUCGCAGUCUUUACAGAAACGAGGGGGUAUAAGUACUUCGACAAAUAAUAGUAACACUAUUAAUAUCUUCGGAUACGAGCUCAAGUUGUCGUCUUUAUAACAUUCCAUUCUGUAAUUUAUUACCUUGAAACAUCCGAAUUUCAACUUUUUCACGUAUACCAUAAUAUUCUUCAGAUAACAUUACUGGGGUAUUAACACAUCUGUACUCCAUAGAAUUUUUAACGAUGACACAUGUUUAUAUUCAUCUCCUCUUUAAGAGAAUUCAUAUUUGCACUGUUUCAAACCGCACAGUUAUACGGUAUAGUAUUGCUGUCCAUAAACGUUUAAAUGUAGUAAAAGGUGCUAAAAAGGGAUUUUACAAAUACCAUUGAAUCCAUGCUUAAACUAUUUCUAUAAUAUCGAAAUAAGAUGAUCAAAAUAAAAAUGGACAUUGGAGCAUGCCAAACGAAAUUAAUUUAAUUUAACUUUUAUAAAUUUUAUGUUUAUUUAUAUCUUACAAUCAGAGGUGGCAUAUAGGUGAGGGGGGGGGACAAGAUUUCCAAGAUAAGUUAUUUUCUUUCAUAGCUCUAUUGAAUUAUCUUUUCCUCCCUCUUUUUCAUCACUCGUUUUUUUAUCUUAUGUAUACUCUACACAUAUUUUCUGGUAAUAUUUAAUAUUAAUUUGCAUUUGUUUUGUGUAUAUUUGAUCAUCAUGUUUAUGUUGUAUAUCUGUCUGUACCGGCGGGGGCUCCGUUGUAAGGUAGCUUUUAUAACUGAACCGGACUACCCUCCACCUUGCUUUGUUUUAUAAUUUGUUGUAAAACAUGAAAAAAAUAAAUAAAUGAGAAGGAUAGGGCGAUCGGCCCUUACUCUUUGUAGCACCGCCCUCAGUUGUAUUUCACACAAUCAGAUUGUUAAUACUAGAAUCGUACGGUGCAUAAUAAUUCGUAAUUUUACCGGAAAGUUUGGCUGGUAAGCGAAUUUCUAUCUUUAAAAUAAUGAAUGCUGCCGUGAAAACUGUUGAGCAUUGUAAAAUUACAUACUCAGCGGCGUAUGUAUUACAGGAACAUCAUCAAAGCACUUUCUUUCAAAAUUCUGACACCUCUUCUUUAUUUACUUGCUAAUGAGGAUUUUUGCGUGCCCCCUUGCACAACCGCACCCCAUACGUCUCUUUUAUUGGCCAAUCUGUGUCUCGGAAAUAAUAUUUUGACAUUGUUUUAUUUGAUUUGAUGACAAACAUGAUCCUGUUAAAGACCUCAGGUGCUCGAGUAUUGCGGAGAUAUUGUGUUUGGGAUCUCAUGAUGAGGCCAAAGUUUAUUAUCAUUAAUCAUACAAGAUUUGUCAACGGCGCGGCGUGAAAGGUAACGUGUUCUAUCUUGUUAAACAUAACAAUUUUGAGCAGAUUGGUACUUUCAUGGAACGUUUAAAGACAAUCUUGUUCGUUUAAAGACAAUAGAUAUUAAUUAUUUUGGCUAUUUUCCAGGGCUGUUACGUUUUCAAGCUUUGCUUUUGUGACGACCCUUGCAACCAUCCUAUUUAUUGUGUAAUAGAGAAUACCACUUAAUAUUUUUUUUUCAUUCAUGUAAGAUAUAUAUGAUGAUUUAUAUACAAAACUAUUGUUCAUUGUAUUGAUGUCAAAUUUCAGAUAUGUAUUUUCUUGUCCAGAAUUUUUGUUAUGAAAAAUGUUGCAAAAAAAAACAAUAAA